AUGGCUUAUUUUGAGAAGUUUAUAGUGAAUCUAGCUUUGCUGUUUGUGAUAUGCUUAUCGAUGAAUAUGGCAGCAACUGCAAGGGUGCCACUAUGGAAAAUUGAUCCUCAUCACAAAAUAUGGUAUCUCAAAGAUGGACGCCUACUCUAUACUGUCGAUGAUUAUCCAGGUGCCCACAACUACAAUAUCCGAACUCCUCCACCUCCGCUCUCUUCAUUUCUUCCACCUCCUCUUCUUCCUCCACCUUAUUCCCCGCCUCCUCCUCCUAAUUCUUCUCCACCUCCACCUCUUCCCUUUCCACCUUCUCAACCUCCACUUUAUCUCUCUCCUCCUCUUCCUUAUUUUACUUCUCCAACUUUACCUCCUCCUCCUAAUUCUUCUCCACCUCCACCUCUUCCCUUUCCACCUUCUCAACCUCCACCUUAUCUCUCUCCCCCUCUUCCUUAUUUUACUUCUCCAACUUUACCUCCUCCUCUUGAUUCAUGA